AUGUACGCAAACUAUGAGACGUGUGAUCCAUUCAGAGCAGGCUUCAUUGAGAAGAUUGAUCAGAUCCUGCCGUAUUUUAUUCAGGAAAGAGCUUCUCUCUUCCUUGGCUUCAAUGGAAUUUUCAUAGCAGGAAUCUUCUCAGCUAGCCUAUCCACAACGUCUUCCUAUCUCAAUGCUAUGAGCGGAAUAAUCUACGAGGACUUCAUCACUAACAAAUUUCCAGGGAUAAAGGAGCAAAGAGCAGGAAGGAUUAUUAAGGGAACAGUUUUCCUUUUAGCCCUCCUUCAGAUUGGAUUGGUUUUGUUUAUUGAGAAAAUGGGAAGUAUCGUUCAGAUGGUCAGUCAGUGUAUAUCCCUCAAUGCCAGUGCUCUAUUAACGCUCUUCAUCCUUGGAGCACUUGUUCCAAAGGCCAACAGUACGGGAGCCCAAUUGGGAGCUUUGGCGGGGAUUAUUAGUGUCCUCACGUUCAUGAUAGGAAGCCUAAAUAACAAAGUUGAACCUAUGCUAACUCUUCGCAUUGAUGGCUGUGACGCAGCGCUCAAUAAUUCAAGCAAUCUUUUUCAAAUAUUAGAAAAUUCUUCGAAUACAGGCAUAGCUGAUGAAGAGUCCUGGCCAUUUAAACUCUCUUUCGUCUACUACGGACUCAUUGGAUCGAUUCCAGGGAUUGCAGUUGGUUACUUGGUGGUUGAGAGUUGA